AUGCGUUCUUUCACCUUCGCGAGUCUUGCCCUGGCUUUUGGCCAAGUGCAUUGCCACAUCAACCCGCUGGUCAUUCCAAAGCCAAAUGAUCAUAGCAGUCCUGUGCCGAGGGACCUUCAGGCGUUUUCUAUUGAAUUUGCCUUUUUCCCCGAUUAUGCUGGAAAUCAUUCGCAUCCCAACCAAUUCUCCAAAACCUUGCUCGGUAAUUUCCAAAGCAUCACCGGGGCGCUUCCGAAAGUGAGAGUUGGUGGGACUACUCAGGAUAAAGCAAACUACUUUCCCGACCAAGAAAAAGGCAUCCAGCUCAUCUUUGAGAAACCAACGGACGACCAGCCAGUCCAAAUUGACUACGGCCCAGCAUUCUUUGACUUGCGGAAGCAGCCGUUGAGGCAUGCCAAUCCAUCGGCCCCCCAGUUAGCGCUAUUUGAGCUCGGCAACGAGUGGAACUUUGCGUCCAAGAACUAUCGACCUGGGAAUUACUCGGAGCUGGAUUAUGUUGAGGAAUGGAACCAGAAGUCUUCCUUUGUUAAGGCUGCGGUCCAUAAAGCUUGUCCUGGGCCGUUCCCAGGAUUCAUGGCGCCUAGCUUUGUCUUGCUAAGUGAGACUGAUUCCAGCGGAUGGACGGCAGAGGAACUGUACAGCCUUGGAUAUGACCCUCAUAGCUUGACACGAGAGCUUUCGUUCCACAACUAUAUGGGUGUUAACGAGCCGCCCAAUCCUCCUGCGGCAUUGCAGCUUCAAGAAAUUCUGAUGAACCACACCAAUAUUGUCAGCAAUCUAGCCUCACAAGUUGAACGAUCCAAUAAGCUCGCUUUUCUCGGCCUUCCCUAUACUCUGGGAGAAUUGAACUCGAUAGCUAACCAGGGCAUUGACGGUGUCACUAACGUCUUCGGUGACGCAUUAUGGCUCGUCGACUUCUCUCUCUGGUCUGCAGCGCAUAACAUCAAACGCCUCCACUUUCACCAAGGACUGAACUACCGCUACGCCUCGUGGCAACCGAUUGAGAGUGAAAGCGAGCCCCCAACGACCCGGCCUCCCUACUACGGCCAAAUCAUGGUUGCGAGCGCUAUUGGCCACUCGGAAGAUGCUCACGUCGUGAACAUCCCUCUUUCAGAGGACACAGAAGCGGCCUACGCGAUUUACAACGGGAACAAAUUAAGCAAAAUCGUUGCAAUCAACAUGCAGGCCCACAAUGCGACCACCACAGGGACUCGCCCCAGUCGGGAGUACACGUUCAAUGUUGCGGGUAAAUCUCAUGCUAAGGUUGAAAGAUUGAUUGCCCCUGGCAGUGAUUCGUUGGAAGGUGUGACGUUUGGAGGUGUCUCUUAUGAUUAUUCGCUGAGGAAGGGCAUGCCUGUUGUCAUUGAUCAGAAGGAAGAGAUCUUGCGAGUUGAGUCGGGGGUGUUGAGUGUCAAUGUGCCUGACUCUUCAGCUGUCCUUGUAUCGUUCUAUUGA